UUUGGGCAUGCAUUCGCAUUGGUGGGUGGGCCGGCGGCUCAUGGCCAUCCCCGUUCGCGGAUUUGCCCGGCAUUGCAAAAAUUGCUCCUCGUUGCGCGGUCUUUGCGCCCCGUUUCUUGUCCACGGCGGCGCUGUGAGCGCGAACACAUACAGAGCGGAGAGGGAGGACGCAUAGAUCCUUGGUUAAAGUACGUCGUUUUCCAUCUUGACGCCACCCUAAUAGUAUGUUGGCGCAAUUACCCCGCGGCUCUGCGAUAUCGCGCUGUCCUGGCUCUGCUCGCUCGGACUGCCGUCAGGUCACGGCGACCCAUGCUUAUUCGCGCUACCGUCUCAUAAGGCUGAACGCUACGCAGAAGGAUGUCUAUAAAUGAUCCCCAUGCACCGCCGCAGCGUGGAGGACAAGCCGAUAGCGAUCCAGGCGAUGGUUCUCACUGCACCUGGGCCAGCCUUCUCGCUUAUUCUAUUGUUGUUGCUGCCGCCAUAACGGUGAUUACCAUUGUCACUUCAAGUUUCCUAAGUCUGUUGCUCCUGAAGACAUACCAUCCAACGUCUGGUGUGUCUCCCAUAGCUGGGUAGACGACCAUGACCUCGUCAAGGUAUCGACGAAGAUUAACGGAGAGCAAUGGCCUGUCUAUAUCCCAGGUGAUAUUACCCUCGACCACGUUCGCAUAGAGCUCCUGAAUAUGGGCGCCGAGUACGUCUGGUUGGAUGUGUUAUGCUUAAGGCAGAAAGGACAAGCCAAGGACGAGACGCAACGGCAUGAUGAAUGGAAGCUUGACGUUCCCACCAUCGGCUACACCUACGCUCGUCGCUCGAUACUCUGCAUCACCUAUUUCAAUGGGCUCGGUCUACCUCUCGAUACCUCGCCAGCCAUUAUGCGUUCGACACGACAGUGGUUCAAUCGCGUCUGGACAUUGCAGGAGUCUCCUCCCAGCUGGCUUCCGGGAGGCUUAUCAACCAGACCUCUCGUAGAUGCUCGUACGUUCUUCGACCGUCUUCGCGGUACCGUAACGGCGGUAAACAGCCGUGACGAUGGUUUUAGUCUUGCCCAAACUCUUCGCGAACGCUCAUGCACCAAGGAGAUCGACAGGAUCGCUGGGCUGGCGUACAUCUUCCGGUGCCGCACGCUGCCUAUCUACGACGAGAAUGUGGGUCCGGAGGUCGCGUGGACCCUGUUACUCAAGCACAUGGACCCGCAGCGGCGAACGGCGAUCUCUCUCCAGUAUCCGCCGUGCAGUCCUUUUGGUUUAUGGGGAUCAUGGGAGAGAUUCUUGCAUUCUUCGGAGACCUCUCACGCCGGUGAACUCCGCUCUUUAGCGGGAAGCUCCGAGGACGGCAGCCUUAGGCUCGUGGAUCCCAACCAACUCUACACUAAUGCACAGGGCGUAUACUGCCAUUCUGGCUACGUCACUGAAUCAUGCCAUAUCUUACUGGGCGGUACUACUCAAGCCGGAGUGGAAGAAAUCAAAUUAUCCUGUGGAGAUUAGGGGAAGUCUGUCAAGCUCUCGAUCCUCAGCAAGCACGGGAUCCUCCUAGACGGCAUGUCGUACUGCUUGAUCAAAGCCAGAGAAGGGGAUGUGGGACACUGGGUUUUUGGCGAAGUACUAGCUAGAGAACAGAUUGUAGACGAAGAGGGGGAACUCUCAGUUGCAAGAUGGGCGGUCAUCCGGGUCGAUAAAGACGAGGGCCAGCGACUGGAGACACAUGUAGCCGCCAGGAGGCGACGGAGGCGGAUAAUAUACUCUACCGUGGAAGAGGCGGCACAUCGGAGCUCAAGGGUACACGACUAUAUUGCAGUAUGUGAUCGCUAUGUUACGACUUGACUUGCAGUGUAAGUGCGAUUGACCAUAAUCUCAUAUCAACAGGCAUUCAGUAAGCUGGCUGAGCACGAAUUGGACCGCGGCUUUGCGACACCUUUGGUUCGUAUACAGCUGUAUG